ACGCAUUAAUGUUAAGAAAUUUUCAACACAUUUCAGAUCUCCUGAUGUCUAUGUAUUGUUUAAAGAUAUUAAUACAGUAAACAGCUCUUGGCAGUUCAUACUGAAAACAUUAAACAAACCGCACCAAUUCUUUUGUCAGAAGAUUACUGUUUAAAGACGCAUUUAUUCAGACGACAAAUUGGAAUUAUAGUACGGAAUCUACGAAAAACAAUGGCUGUGUCGCAAGCGGAAAUACAAUCUCCAGGGUCGUCAAAGAAUCCAAAAUUGAAGGCGGUGCCCGAUGUAGAAAUCGACAAAAAUGGAAAAUUUAAAUAUAUUCUCAUAAAAGUACACGACCCAUCAAAAGAACGAGAGUUCAAACAUAUUGUAAGAGGGACGGCCAAGGCAGCAUUUCAUGGAGACAUAUUUGAUGAGGUGACACCAGCUAUAGAGGAGGCAGGACUUGACUGCGAGUGUCUAGGUGGUGGGAGAAUUCAUCAUGAUACUAGCAAAAAGAAAAUAGAAAUAUUUGGAUAUUCACAGGGUUACGGGCAAGCAAAUCACAGUAUAACAGCUCGCAUACUGAGUAAGAAGUAUCGUGAUUAUGACAACAUCACGUGGAACAAUGAUGGUUACUAGUAGCAACCAGGACCAAUAAAGGGAGAUCACUCUAUGCUUUGUUUAGAACUCCACAAAGGGAGAAUACAACUGCUGACUACAGAUUAUCAAGGGGAAGAACUCUUGUUUUGACAAAAAGCAGCCUAGAGCCAGUAGUGUAUGCUGUUUUUGAACAGUAAUAACAUUUCUUCAUGGAGAUUGAACACACCCUGUUGUAAAAUUAUUGAAUUUCAGAUUUUUUAUGAUGUCUUAUGUCUCUUUCAAUAAGUUUGUAACAUUUGAGUUGUUUUUGUACACUUUUGAAAGUUUGUAGACAAGAAAAAUUACUUUACGGAACAGAUUUGGUUGAAAUAACAUAUUUAUAGCAGUUCAGAUCUGAAGUAUUGACCGCAGGAAAAAUUUGAUUUAUAUUUUUUUCAAGAUAAAAGCUUACCCUUAGGAUUUUUGUGCACAAACAUACUGGCAUUUUUAUUCAGCAGACAUUGGAGAAAUAAAAAUCAGCAAUAAGCAUUUUUAUUCAGCUGACAUUGGAGAAAUAAAAACCAGCAAUAAAAAUUUGUUUGAAACUUUUCUUCAGAAACAAAAUACCUCAUACAUAACUGAAGUGCCUAAAUCCUUUCACUGGAGUGUAAAUUAUAGAUUGUUGCAAAAAUGUAAAAUUUACAUUCCUGUGGUCCAGUACAUUGGAGUGUAAAUUAUAGAUUGUUGCAUAAUGUAAAAUUUACAUUCCUGCGGUCCAGUACAUCGGAGUGUAAAUUAUAGAUUGUUGCAUAAUGUAAAAUUUACAUUCCUGCGGUCCAGUACAUUGGAGUGUAAAUUAUAGAUUGUUGCAUAAUGUAAAAUUUACAUUCCUGUGGUCCAGUACAAGCUUAACAAAGUGUCAUAUUUCUAAAACCCAUAUGAUAUGAUAAUAUGUACAUCAUCUAUUGUUUUUGUUUCUUUAAUCUUAAAUAUUUUGGCUGGAUAAUAUUUAAAUGAAUGUUCAUCUCAUUAUAAAAUUGCAUCUAACUUUUCUUUUCUUUCCAAGUGAAAUGAAUGUCCUGGUAUCUUUCUGCAAUUUUAGUAAACUGUUACAUUUUAUUGGUUUUUCCUGUGCUUUGUGUCUUGAAAAAUUGCCUGAAUUCAGAAAACAUGUUUUGAAAAGUAACCUAGUUCUGUUACAUCUUCAUAGAUAAGGCAACUGUCUAGGAGAAAUUUUCCAUUAAAAUAAUACUUUUUAUCUUAGAACUAUCUAAAGUCAGUUGUUUUGAAUUUCAAAGUUCUUGUCCUAUCAUUAAUUAUGUCAGUAUUUUUCAGCUGUAUUUUCUUAGAUUUACCAUGUACAGGACUAAAACUAUUUGCACAUGACUUUGUCGUCUGUUUUUUAAAAAAUUAGCUAAUUUGGAGGAGAUCCAUUGUAUUGAAAUAAAAAAACUGAUGUUAUAAGAUAUAUAACUGUUUCAAGCAACAGAAUUUCUAUUUAUCAGGGAUUUUUCAGGACUGGGCCUAAUUUUAAUUUCAGGCUUUGGGCUGCCAGAAUUUCCCUAUAUUACUCAUUUUAAUGCCUUUUAAAAAGAACAUUUCAAGCUUUAGAAUGUAGAUUUUCAUGCUUUUGAUUUUUGACUGAAUCCCAGGCCUGAUCUAUUGUAAUAACAUUCAGAAAUGCAGAAAAAAGCCACUUUUAUGAGUGCACAGUGGCAGUAUUUCAGUUAUCUUUUUCAGAAUACUGUUAAUGUUGUUCUGUACUACACUGAAAUAUUGGGACAGGUACCUAGCUGAAAAUUAAUAUUAGAUGAGCCAGUAGGCAUGUUUAGUAUGAAUUUUCUUGCUAGAUGCAAGUCCAAAUAUAUCCAGUAUAUUACUGGGCAAGGUUAAGUAAUCUUUUUAUAUUUUAUACAUCCAGCACCACCGAUACACAUCCAGCACAAUCUGUAUAGAUCAGGUACAACCUAUGUAGCUCCAGUACAACCUAUAAAGAUCCAGUGCAGUCUAUAUAGAUCUGGCAUGACCUAUGUAGAUCCAGCAGAACAUAUAUAGAUCCGCCACAACCAUAUGGCCACAACCUGUAUAGAUCCAGGUGAUUGAAAUAACUCCUGUUGGUCAGCAUUUAUUGACAUCUGUUAAUUAUGUCUCCACCACACAGUGGUGUGGGAGACAUAUUGAUUUACUCCUGUCUGUGUGUCUGUCACAAGGCUUGUCUGCGCUCUAAGUCGAACAUUUCUCAUCCGAUCUUCACCAAACUUGAACAAAAUGGGUUUGACCAUAAGACAUCAGCCAAGUUCGAUAACUAGUCAAAUCGGCCAAGACACUUUGGAAUUAUGGCCCUUGAACAUAAUUACCAACAACUACCGGCGCAGCAUUGUAGACCUGUUACUCCUCUCCACUGCCGCCGAACAGCAUUGUAGACCAGUUACCACUACCGACACAGCAUUGUAGACCGGUUACUCCCAACGCAUGAAUACCAAUAGGCCACAAACAGUAUACAUAGACAGACUUAUUAUUCAGAUGAUUAGGCAGUUGUGAGAGACAUGUGCUUUUCUCAAAAGCACCUUUAGUUAUUAAUGUGUUUAGGCAUAAUCUGAAAGAGAAACAGCGUUUUUUGGCUUUUGAUUUUUUCUUUAGCAAAGUUGUAUACAUUUUGUUUGUGUCAUGUAUAUUAUUAUGUCCUAUCUUUAAGAUACAACUUUGUUUACUUUUUGUAUUGUGUGUCACUUUGAAAUAUUAUGCUGUUUUGCCAUGACUUACAUUUUGUGCAACAAUUGUUACCUAGGUCACUAGACUUUAUUAGUUUUACAUGUCUGUUAUAAAUGUUUAAAUUAAUAUGGAAAGUAGGUUAGAAAUUGUAAAACUUGUAUUAAUUUAGUAGUUAUAGGAUACUUUUUUGUGUGUAUUUUGUUCCUUUGUGAUUUUUGGGUAUAUUUUGUGUAGAACAAACUGUGGUGUUCCUAUAUAAUUUUUGUGUCGUAAGGGUAGAUGUGGCAACGUGAAACUAAAUUUUUUCGAGGGUUUAGCUGGGUUAGAUAAAGUACAAAGAUCAUUGUGACAACAAAUACUUGUUUGAAGGCAGAAAUUUCAUUUGUCUCUUCACAGUUAUACAGUUAUAUUAAUUAUGGAUCCCUGCCUCAUUGAUUUAAAUGGUAUGCAAUUAUAUUGAUGUAAAUCUUCGUUGAUAUUAAUUAAUUGGUUCAGAAAUAAUUUCUCUUGACAAAAGUGUGAUGGGAAGUUACGUACAUAGUCCCUUUUGAUGUCAAGUUAAGAUUUUUUGUUUUCACAGUUACUACUGUAGAUUGAGUGUGAGUGGUGAUGGUUUAAAUUUGGCUAAACAUUCACAAAAAGUUUGAGGCACAAAUUUAAAACAAUGGAGUAUAACAUGCAGCAUUAUCACCAAAAGUAUAACUAGUAAUUUGGGAUGAAUUUGUUCAUUUGUAAGCUUAUUUGUAGCUGUUACCAGUAAUUCAUAUUAUGGGCAACUCUUCCUGAAGACUGUUAGUGACUUUGUUGGGAGGAUAGUGCAAAAUACAGAAGAUGCUCCAAUUCAAGAAGCUGCCCUGGUUCUAUAGUGUGCCAGGUGUGAAGCACUCCUACACAGGACUCUUGUCCAAAUAAUAGUAAUGUAUAGUUGAUCAGGGGACUAACACAGAAAAGAGCUAUUUUACAUACUUUACAGCCUAGAACUGACUAAAGAACCUAGUGUUAGCUGACCUAAACCACCCGGUUCCUCGUGUGCUGUUGGUAUAGGCUGUUGGUCUGUUGUCCAUCAUCUGUCAUCAAAAUUUUAACUUAAAACAUCUCCUCUUCUAAAACUGCUGGUCAGAAUUACACCAAACUUAGUCUGAAGCAUCCUUGCACAGUCCUCUCUCAAAUGGAGGAACUUGCCCAUUUUUAGGGUCUAAUGUAGCAAAACAUAUAAAACCCUUUAAACAACUUCUUCUCAUGAUCUUCAUCAGACUUGGUCUGUAGCAUCAUUAGGUCUUCUACAGAAUUUGGUCAGCCGAGGGAACUUGGCCCCAUUUAGGGACCAUUAGAGUUGGAAAAAAAGAAAACCCUUUAAAUGACUUCUUUCCAUAAAUUCAUAAAUGAAUCUUCAUCAAUAUUUGUCUGUAGCAUCAUUGGUAAUUUAUUCUGAACAGGAUUAUAACUUUAAAAAAUUAAACUGUAUCAUUAACACAUUUGAGCCGUGCCAUGGGAAAACCAACAUAGUGGGUGUGCGACCAGCAUGGAUCCAGACCAGCCUGCGCAUCCGCGCAGUCUGGUCAGGAUCCAUGCUGUUCGCUGAUAGUUUCUCCAAUUCCAAUAGGCUUUAAAAGCGAACAGCAUGGAGCCUGACCAGACUGCGCAGAUGCGCAGGCUGGUCUGGAUCCAUGCUGGUCGCAUACCCACUAUGUUGGUUUUCCCAUGGCACGGCUCAUUUCCAUUCAUGAUUCCAAAAAGGUUAUGUGAGCAACUUUUGGCCACUGUGGUCCUCUUGUUAAUUUUUGUUUACAGACCUUGCUUGGGUUUUAGAGUUCUUUCAUGUGAGGAAGCCAUUCAUUUGUCUUAUGGAAGGUUAGUGGUUCUAUACAGGUGCCUUCUUAUGUAAGAAAUAAUGCAUGAAGGGGUGCCUUGGGACUUACCCCACCAUCGAUUCACCAUAUGACCUAUGAUUGUAUCAGUGUAAUUUUAAACCUUAUAAAAUGUUUUGUUUUCUGUUCCUAAAAAGUGAAAGCACUUUCUUAAUUUUGAAAUACUUUUCAUAAAUCUGGAGAUGUAUGCCCCUUUAAAUCAAUGAAACAACUUUUUGAAAUACAUGUACAUGUAUUUUAAAAUUGUGUAGCAAUUACUAGGAGCAACAUUUUCUAUUAGAUUGAUUUUUGUAAUCUAUUUUGUAUUCAAUCAAGUCAUUUUCCAUAAAUUGUUUUUCAAAUUCAUGUUCAUUUCAUGUUGAUAGAGGCUGUGUAUGACCUAUAUAGUGUUACUGUCAGAUUAGAAUUAAGGCGGUUUAUUGUUAUGUUGUAUGUGUACUGACAAUUUAUCAUUCUGUUAACAGUUAUACAAACAUUAAACAGGGAAAUACUCUUAGAUUUUACUGGUUACUGUUGGUUACUGUGACAUUGUUAAUAAUUUUCAUCGAUUUUGUGGUUGCAACAAAGGGUGCAGUGAAAAAAAAUGAAAUUUCCAUUCAGUUUUAAUGUAUUCAGAAGUUAAUAUUCAUGAAUUCAUGACCCUUGCAAAAUAGCAAUUUUGGUCAAAAACCUGAAAUCUCAAGCCCUCAGAAUUAAAUAAUUUCAUUGUAUCUUUGAAUUGUAUGAUUAUGUUUUACCUUCAAUCAGAAGUAAUUGUCUGAUAGUUCGUAUUUGAUGGAUUCAUAUGUUUGAUGAAGUCCAUUUGAAUGAUGUAAAGUUUUCCCACAUGAUUUGAAUUUCAUAGAAAUAGUGAAUAAUCAAACAUUUUGAUGGUGUAUUAAAUUGAUGUGACCUUU